GGUCCAGCCCCCGCGGAGCCAGCCACGCGCCAUGUCGCAGCUUGGCCUGAGCGCGGAGGCUAAGGAGGCGGCGCGGACAGAUUCCGAAGUGGACGGCCGCAAGGCUGCGUUCGAUUAUUACAAGAAGACCUGGUCGAUACAGUACACGGACGUCAUCAGCCUGCCGCAGCAGGAGGCGAUGUUCGAGCAGUGGACGAAGCUCGGGCCGGACGAAAGGGGGGGAUUGGGAAAGGGGGGGUUCCCACCGGGGAGCCCAUUCCUCGAUACAUGGGCGCCUCCGGCGCCGGGAGGCGCCAGGAAAAUCAGCUUCGUGAGCUGAUUCUCAAACCCCCCCUUUGCGCUAUCCCCCCCCCUCUCGCCCGACCCGAGAGGCUGCGGAGGCGGUGCUAUGGCUUCUGGAUGGA